UGCUUUGUGACCUCUAGAUCUGCUGAACGCUGACUCUUUGCAUGUGCAAAACCCCUGCAAUUGGUCUAACUUAUUGACAGUUAAUAUUAACCAUGAGUUCACAGUAUAGCAUCCUGUUCAAACAGGAGAAUGCCCACGAUGAUGCCAUCUGGAGCUGUGCGUGGGCGCGCUCGGAGACCGAUGGCGUGGACAACAUCGUCACAGGGUCUGUGGAUGAUAGCGUGAAGGUGUGGAAAUGGGUUGAUGAGAAGUUGGAGCUAAGAUGGACCCUUGAGGGACACCAGCUAGGUGUGGUGUCUGUGGACAUGAACCAGGAAGGAACCAUGGUUGCCUCCAGCUCUCUAGAUGCCCAUAUAAGGUUAUGGGAUAUUGAGACAGGGAAACAGAUGAGGAGCAUGGAUGCUGGACCAGUUGAUGCGUGGACUGUCGCCUUCUCCCCCGACUCACGGUUCAUCGCGUCCGGCAGUCACGGCGGUAAGGUCAACAUCUUCAACGUCGAGAACGGGAAGAAAGAAACAUCGCUGGACACCAGGGGAAAAUUCACUCUCAGCAUUGCCUAUAGUCCGGAUGGGAAGUAUGUUGCCUGUGGAGCUAUUGACGGCAUCAUCAACAUAUUUGACAUCACAACAGGGAAACUACUCCACACGUUAGAGGGUCACGCUAUGCCUAUCCGAUCACUGGCCUUCUCCGGAGACUCCCAGCUUCUGGUUACAGCUUCAGACGACAGCCACAUCAAGAUAUAUGACGUUCAGCAUGCGUCUCUGUCCCACACCCUAAGCGGGCACGCCUCCUGGGUACUGAACGUGUCUUUUUCACCAGACAACACUCAUUUUGUAUCAAGUUCCUCAGACAAGAGUGUGAAGGUGUGGGAUGGGAGAAUGAGACAGUGUGCACACACAUUCUUCGACCAUCUGGAUCAGGUAUGGUGCGCGGAGUAUAACACCAACGGAACCAAGAUAGUGUCUGUGUCCGAUGACAGAGCCAUCCACAUCUAUGACUGUCCUUUGUAAAUGUGUGCCUUUGUGUUAUUGAAAGUCCUUCCCGCAACAUAUAGUGUAUAGUAGUGAUGCAUACCGGUUCACUGGACUUGGAUCCGGACUUGUAAGAAUGUUUAGGUUCAAGUCCAAAAAAACCUAGAAGUCAAGAACCG